AUGUCAAAGACUAUGUUCUGUAAAUACUCGGUUCUGUUGCACACAACCUCCAAUGUCUCCUCCUCCACCAUGCCGAAUUCCACCACCCUUUUCCCUUCCCUUCCUUUCCUCACCCUCUCCUCUCGCUUUUUCUCUCGUACUCGCAAACCCCUCCCCAGCCCUUCCACCUUCGACGACGCCAUUUCCUCCUUCCACUGCUUGCUCCACCUCCAUCCCACACCCCCAAUUGUUUCUUUCAACAAGAUUCUCUCAUCAAUCAUGAAGACAAAACGCUACUCCACCGUCGUUUCACUCUGUUCCCGGUUAGACUCAAAGGGCAUCCCAAAACCCUCCCUCGUCACUCUCAGCAUCUUCAUUAACUCCCUCUCCCACUUGGGCCAAGUGGGUCUCGCCUUCUCCGUCAUGGGAAAAGUCAUCAAAAGGGGUUUUGGGGUCGACCCAUUAACCCUCACUACCCUUAUGAAGGGGUUGUGCCUCAAAGGUAGAGCCUUUGAGGCGCUCAACUUGCAUGACCAUGCUGUGUCCAAAGGGUUUUCCUUUGAUGAGGUUUGUUAUGGCACUUUGAUCAAUGGCUUGUGCAAAGUGGGCAAAACAAGGGAUGCUAUGGAGUUGUUGAGGAAAAUGGAGGGGGUUGGAAUUAGGCCCAAUUUGAUCAUUUAUAAUACGCUUGUUGAUGGUUUGUGCAAAGAGGGGCUUGUUACUGAAGCUUGUGAGUUGUGUUCUGAGAUGGUUGGGAAAGGAAUUUGUCUGGAUGUUUUCACUUACAAUUCUCUUAUUCAUGGUUUAUGUGGGGCUGGUCAGUUUCAGGGAGCGGUUAGGUUGUUGAAUGAGAUGGUAAUGCAAGGGAACAGAGACAUUUGGCCGGAUGUUUAUACCUUUAAUAUAUUGGUUGAUGCGUUGUGUAAGUUGGGGUUGGUCGCAGAGGCUAGGAAUGUGUUUGGUGUGAUGAUUAAGAGAGGAUUAGAGCCUGAUGUUGUUAGUUACAAUGCUUUGAUGAACGGGUUUUGUUUGAUGGGUUGUGUGAGUAAGGCCAAAGAGGUGUUUGAUAGAAUGGUUGAAAGAGGUAAAUCACCGAAUGGUAUUAGCUAUUGUACCUUGAUUAAUGGGUAUUGUAAGGUUAAGAUGGUCGAUGAGGCCAUGAGGUUGUUAAUGGAGAUGCAUGAGAGGAAUUUGGUUCCGGAUACAGUGACUUAUAAUUGCCUUCUUGAUGGUUUGUCGAAAUCUGGGAAAGUCUUGUCUGAGUGGAAUCCGCUUGAGGCAAUGCGGGUGAGUGGUCAAGCGCCGGAUUUGAUCACUUACAAUGUGCUGUUAGAUGAUUAUCUCAAACGCGAGUGUCUUGAUAAGGCGAUUGCGUUUGAGCACAUUGUUGACAUGGGAAUUUCUCCAAAUAUUCGUACAUUUAACAUACUUAUAGAUGGUCUUUGCAAAGGUGGAAGAUUAGAGGCUGCUAAAAAGAUUUUUCAACUUCUUUCUGUGAAAGGCUGUGGUCCAAAUAUCCGUACUUACAAUAUUAUGAUCAAUGGGUUAUGUAGAGAGGGAUUGUUAGACGAAGCAGAGGCGUUACUUUUGAAAAUGGUAGAUGAUGGUUUCCCUCCUAAUGCUGUAACUUUUGAUCCCCUGGUUCGUGCUCUACUAGAAAAAUGA